GGAAUUCGAAUUAAAUUCAUCAAUAAAUCCCAAGAACUUAUAUUAGAUUCAUUUUCUAAAUUCAUUGAAAAAGUGAAAGAAAUUCAUGAAUUAGAUUCUGAAAGAGAGAUCAAGUCUUAUGUCAUAAGCCAGGGCAUUAUAAAAAAUUUAAUG